GUGGCUAAUCGAGGCUGAGAGCUAAAACCAUUAUGGCCGCUCUGAGCGACUGGAACAGUAGUUGGCAGUAAUGGUCGCAAAUAGUAAAAACGGCGAAGAAAACGACGAAGAACCAGAAACCAAAAAGAAAACAAGAAAUUAAAGCAAAAACGUGGACGAAGGGAAAAUACGAUUUCAUUUCUUUAAAGAAAUCCUCAAUAAGCAAGUUUUAUGCUUCCUGUUCUAGCCACACCAUUUCAAAAAAUCAUAUAUGGCUGAUCUAAUAAAAAAUGUUGUGAUAUUAAAGCCAUGAUGCCACGAAGCCGGUCCCGCAGCAGAUCACCUGAAAGCCGCAGAGAGAGGCGAAGAUCGGAAAACAAACGUCGCAAAUCCAGCUCCUCAGACUCCAGCUCCAGCAGUGCGAGUCCAAGUCCUGACAGGAAACACAAACAUGGUGUCAGCCAGAGCCAAAGUGCAGGCCAAAAGCCAGAAAAGAAAAAGAAAAAGCAAAAAAGGAAAAGGGAUUCUUCCUCUUCAUCAAGCAGCUCUUCAUCUUCCUCCAGUUCGUCCAGUUCGUCCAGCGAUGAAGAGGCCAGGAAGAAGAGGAAGCAUAAGAAAGCCAAGAAGCAGCUGAAAAAACUGAAAGCGAAGGAGAAAAAGAAAGAGAAAAAGCAGAAGAAGCGACUUAAGAAGAUGAAGAAGUUGGCAGCCAAGGCUGAGAAAGCAGCAAACAAAGCUUCACUGAUGGUUUUAGCUCCAGUAUCUGCUCCAGUAGAAAAAGCCCAAGCGCAACUUUCGACCUGGCAAAACGAUGAUGCUGCUGAACAUGGUCCUGUCAUGACUGAUGAGCAGAAGGCCAGUUUCUCCAUCAAAAGACCCAUAACGAAGGAGGAGUACGAAGCCAGACAGAGUGUCAUUCGUCGGGUCGUUGACCCCGAGUCUGGGCGCACCAGGCUCAUCAGAGGAGAUGGAGAGAUUUUGGAGGAGAUUGUCAGCAAGGAAAAACACAAAGAAAUUAAUAAGCAAGCAACUAAGGGAGAUGGUGAUGCAUUCCAGAAGAGACUCGGGAUUAACAGAUAGAGGAACGUCUCGUCUGGUGCGCCGUUUCUACUAAUUGAAACCAGGUUGAGAUGAAACUUGGAGAAAGAUCAAAACAUGGCAUCCUAAUUUUCAUAUUUGAUCUGGAAUCUCAAAUAUGCUCAGAAAUCUUUGACAUCGUUGAUAUGAAUAUUUUUGUGAACUUGAUUUAAAUGUGAUGUGAUAAUUAACUUUCUUCAUUCCUGAUUAACAGAAAGCGUAGUUUGAAAUCAGACUUUUUUUUAUUUCAUUAUAACUGUAAAAAUUACAAUUUUAAGGCACCAGCAUUGUGGGAACCUGGACUGGGCAACUGGCAAAUUAAAUCCAUGUAAGGUUGGUCAUAAUGUAGUUGAUCUGGCAGUGUAGCUAAUCAGACUAUACUCAGAAUAUCAGAAUAUAUUGCUUUUUUUUUACUAGUAUUUACUUCUAGUGCAAAGAAGUGCGGUGGAUGUAAAGACCACAUUACACAUUUGAAACCAUAUCUACACUUUUGCUGUUCCUGUCGUCAGUUUUCUGGUAACAAUCUUGUACCAAUGUUUAAGACCCUCACUGCAAAUGGAGAGUUGUAUGUGCAUCAACAGCUUGUGUUUUUGAUUAGAAGUCUGGUCUCAUUUUUACCAGGUGUCAAUUUAUGUCAUGAAGAUGCUUGAAAUGUCAUAGUUUUGGGGUUAUGACUGAAUCCAGUGUAUACAGUUGUAACAAAAUAAAAGUCUAAUGUAAACUGA